UAGAAACUGAUGAGGAGCGAGAAUUACAUCUUGCCAAUAGACGUAAUCAGAGGAAAAAAAAGAGAGCUGAGAAAACAGAAGAAGAGAGAAAAAUAUGUAUUGAACAUGAACGUAGCCAAAGGCAAAAUAAAUUAAAUGCAGAAACACCAGAGGAACGAGAAGAACGCCUUGCACAUGAUCAGAAUAGAAAAAAAAAUUGUCACAGAAACUAUAGAAGAGAGAGAAGUGCGUCUUGA